CCCAGAAUAUAUAUAUUAUUGAACCCAGAAGGGGCAUAACAUAACAUAACAUUAGGAUUUAGGACCUUAUUUCAUUUCUCUAUUUUCCUCGUUUUUUCUUACACACUUCGUGACACUCUUCCAUCAUGUUUAGGGUCUCUGUUCUGCGCUUUUCUAUGGUGUAAGAAGGAGACAAAAACAUGGGUUGCUUUCGUUGCACAGGCAAAUCAAGCAAAAAAUCCAACAAACACAUUAAUCGCAGUGAGAAGACCAACAACCACACUGUUGCUGAUAAGGUCAAAUUUGAUUUGAAUGCGAAAGGCAAAAAAGAAGAUAGUAGUCCUAAGCCUGAUCAGCUAUCUCUGGACGUGAAGAAUUUGAAUUUAAAAGAUGUUUCCAAUGAAGGAAAACUUAACGGUUACAAGGCGCGGACAUUUACUUUUGAUGAGCUUGUAGUUGCAACAGGGAAUUUUAGGGCAAAUUGCUUUCUCGGUGAAGGAGGGUUUGGCAAGGUUUAUAAGGGGCUCAUAGAGAAAAUAAAUAAGGAUGUAGCAAUAAAGCAACUAGACCCUUAUGGGCAUCAAGGAGUUAGGGAAUUUGUUGUUGAAGUGUUGACAUUGAGUUUGGCAGACCACCCUAAUUUGGUCAAGCUAAUUGGGUUUUGUGCUGAGGGGGAGCAGAGGCUAUUGGUUUAUGAGUACAUGCCAUUGGGAUCUUUGGAGAAACAUUUGCAAGAUCUUCCGCCAGGUAGAAAACCACUUGAUUGGAAUACUAGAAUGAAAAUAGCAGCGGGUGCAGCUAGAGGUUUAGAGUAUUUGCAUGAUAAAAUGAAGCCUCCUGUCAUAUAUCGGGAUCUGAAAUGCUCGAAUAUUCUGUUAGGAGAGGGAUUUCAUCCCAAGUUAUCUGAUUUUGGCUUGGCUAAAGUAGGACCAAGUGGUGAUAAAACCCACGUAUCAACAAGAGUUAUGGGAACAUAUGGGUAUUGUGCCCCAGAUUAUGCAAUGACGGGUCAAUUGACGUUCAAGUCUGAUAUUUAUAGCUUUGGAGUUGUUCUUUUGGAGAUUAUCACAGGCAGAAAGGCCAUCGACAACUCAAAAUCUGCUAAAGAACAAAAUCUAGUUGCAUGGGCAAGGCCAUUAUUCAAAGACAGAAAAAGAUUCUGUGAGAUGGUUGACCCGUUGCUCGAAGGCAAGUAUCCAGUGAGAGGUUUGUACCAAGCUCUUGCUAUCGCUGCUAUGUGUGUUCAAGAACAACCUAAUAUGAGGCCUGUCGUAGCCGAUGUGGUUACAGCUCUAAAUUACCUGGCGACCCAGAAAUAUGAUCCCCAAAUUCAUUCGGUUCAAAGAAAAGGCGCAUCUUCUCCAGGCGUGAGAAGCAAUGGUCAUGGACGUAGUCCUGGUAAUGGUUCUGAUCCUAGAGCAAGAAGCGAUGCUCAUGGACGUUCCGGUAACAGUGAUUCUGAGACAGAGUGUGAUCCCCAAGUUCAUUCAGUACAAAGCUCUAGAAAUGGUGCAUCUUCUCCAAGAGUGAGAAGUAAUGGUCAUAGCAGUGGCUCCGAGUCAGAAAGCUCUAGAAAAGGUCUAUCUUCUUCAAGACCGAGAAGUGAUGGUCAUAGACAUUUUGCUAGUAAUGGUUAUGAUUCAGACGGUUUUGGAGAUUAGAAAAGUGAAGUGCUUUUGGAUACUCAUAUUGUAAAAUGCUUAGCAUUUUUGGUUCCUCUCGCAUUGGUGUACAUGUGAGCUGGCUUAUACACUUGAGAUGGAUGUCUCUCCUUGGGAUUUUUUGUUUCGGUCCAUCUUUUAGUAUUUAGCCUCAGCUACAAUAAUCCACAUUUUGAUCUUAAUCUUAACUUCAGUUCAUUGGUCCCCACUAAGUAUAGAUUCUAUACCAAUUGUUUACACAGAAUGAUAGUUUGGGAAGAUGGAAAGAAAGAUCAGUUGGGAAUAAAGGCACAUGUGAGGGGGUGAGAGUGAGAGGCAGGUAAAACAUGAUAAAAUUAAAGUCUGCUAAUAGUAUCAAAAGGGUUAUGAUAUGAAAUUACGUAAAUGAAAUGCUUUACAAUGGAAUGAGUAUUCUUCUGGUGUAUAAUUUGUUGUCAAAUGUAAUGUUCUAUUUUAUGAUAUUUAUAUUGUUUUAUCAUGUUAUAAUGUGUAUCUGUUGGAGCAGAAGGCAUUCUCAUACCCUAUUGAGUUUGAAUAUACAUGGAGUGUAGUUAAAGUUCAAGAACAUCGAAAUAGAAUGCUCUAGUUGGAACCUUUUUAAUACUAUUAUUGAAUAAAAUUUGUGAGUCUAAGAGUGACAAUAGGCUGGA